GGGGUACCGGUAUAAUGUGGGAUAUAGGAAAGAGCUGGGUCUUUCUGUCGGAUUUGAGAAUGUUUGGCGAAUCUGCUUGGCACUGUUGAUCCGGACGAAGAUCGGGGCUGAAGGUUUGCUUUUAGAGUUCCACUGAUAGUCUGCAGGCACUAAAAAAGAAAGUCCAAGUUCAUUUAAAGCUUUCUAGAGGGAUUCUUCUUCUUCUUCUUGUAUUGGAAACACCUUUGGGGGACAGUUUAUUCCUCCGGGAGAUCAAUUAAUAGUAUAUUUUCCUGUUAAAGAAGAAACAAGCAGUGGCUCCCUAGACUUAGUGUUGGUCUGUUUCUCGCUCAGCAUACUCAAACUUGGGAGACAAUCGUACUGCUAAUGCAUACUUUUUGAAAAUGGCGUUAAUGAGGUGAUUGGGAAGACUAGAAACUUCCUUUUGUGAGGCCCGUAUUUUAGGCCAAUUGAAGUUGGCCCGUGCUACUUGAAGUUUGGCGAGUAAUCAGGAUACUUCAUAGCUCAAAAUGGCAGAAAAUGUAGAAAUAAGGUCAUUGGCCUUGACUCCAACAUGGUCUGUUGCCACUGUGUUAACAAUCUUUGUUCUUGUUUCUUUCCUUGUGGAGCGCUCCAUUCACCACUUAAGCAAGUGGCUACAGAAAACUAAUCGAAAACCCUUACUCGCAGCUUUGGAGAAGAUGAAAGAAGAGUUGAUGCUUCUUGGAUUUAUAUCACUCCUAUUAACGGCUACCUCAACAAUGAUAGCUAAUAUCUGCAUCCCAUCAAAGUUCUACAGUAGUACUUUUGCUCCAUGCACUAGAUCUGAGGUUGAUGAAGAAAUGGAAAAGAAUGAACCAAAAGAACGUAUGUUGUUGAUGGCUUCUACUUAUCCACACCUGGUCAGAAGGAUGUUGAAUGACAUGAAUCAAAACUCCUGCAAAGAGGGUCAUGAACCAUUUGUUUCAUAUGAAGGACUAGAGCAACUGCACCGAUUCAUUUUUGUGAUGGCAGUCACGCAUGUAUCUUACAGUUGCUUAACAAUGUUAUUGGCAAUUGUGAAGAUUCACAGUUGGAGGACAUGGGAGGAGGAGGCUCACAUGGAACGCCACGAGUCAUUAGCUGAGAUGACAAGAAAGUUGACAUUGCGAAGGCAAUCAACAUUUGUCAAAUUUCACACAUCAAAUCUGUUGGUCAGAAACAGCUGUAUGGUCUGGGUGACAUGUUUUUUCCGACAAUUUGGACGUUCUGUGGUUCGAGCUGAUUAUCUUGCACUCCGCAAAGGCUUCAUUGAGAAUCAUAACCUCACUUCAAAUUACGAUUUCCACAGUUACAUGAUUCGAUCUAUGGAAGAGGAAUUCCAAAAGAUCGUUGGUGUGAGUGUUCCACUCUGGGGAUUUGUCGUUGCUUUCAUGCUUUUUGAUGUCAACGGAUCUAAUCUCUAUUUCUGGAUAGCAAUUAUUCCUAUUUCU